CAUCCGGAUCGACACGUUUUGUGCAUAUGCAUCAUUCAUAAUUCCUGGAGAUUUUUGACUCUGGUGGUUCGCAACGGUGUUAUUGAAGGCAGACAGCUGAUAAGUCGAUUGUCUCAAACACUUGCCUUCUCUGAAACAAUAUGUUUAACACGAGGACGAUUCACUUUCGCAAAAAGCCCCUUCUUGCAAUAGCUGGGUUGUCAAUUUGUCUUAUCCUUUGGAUGGUACUUCGCUAUCAUACAUCCAUGCCAAUGGAGAAGCGUGUUUUAAGGACAGAGAAAGGGCAAUUCAUGCUCGAGGGAAAACCGUUUCGUAUUCUUAGUGGUUCGAUUCACUAUUUUAGAGUUGUACCGGAGUAUUGGAGGGAUCGACUUCUGAAGCUAAAAGCUAUGGGACUGAACACGGUUGAAACUUACGUUCCAUGGAAUCGUCACGAAGAAGUGAAAGGACAAUUUAACUUCAAAGGAAUCUUGGAUAUGGUUAAAUUCAUCAAAAUAGCCCAUUCACUUGGGUUAUAUGUGAUUGUUCGUCCUGGACCUUAUAUCUGCGCUGAAUGGGAUCUUGGAGGACUGCCCAGUUGGCUGUUACAUGAUCCUAAAAUGAAACUCAGAUCCAUGUACCCUCCAUUUCUCCAUGCUGUGCAGAAAUAUUUUAAGAAACUUCUUCCAAAGCUUGUCCCUCUUCAGUUUUCUCAUGGAGGUCCAAUUAUAGCUUUCCAAGUCGAAAAUGAAUAUGGCAGCUUUGGUGAUACAGAUCUCAGCCCAGAUUAUAUGGCUUAUCUCAAAACACUUAUGGUUAAUGAAGGAAUCUCCGAGCUUUUGUUCACAUCAGAUGGUGUUUUCCAAAUGGAGCAAAAAUACUUUCCUGAGUUACCUGGAGUGUUGAAAACUGCAAACUUCCAGCGGAAUGAGACUGUUAAUCUUAACAGACUAAAGAAACUUCAGCCAGACAAGCCAUUAAUGGUGGCAGAAUUCUGGCCAGGAUGGUUCGAUCACUGGGGAGAACAACAUCACCAGAUGGAAGUAGAUAAGGUGGUCACUAGAGUGUCUAACAUACUUAGAAUGGGAGCAUCUAUCAACCUCUUCAUGUUUCAUGGUGGAACAAAUUUUGGCUUCAUGAAUGGUGCCAACGCCGUACAAAAUCAGUUCAAGUACCAGCCAACUGUUACUUCUUAUGAUUAUGAUGCACCACUAUCAGAAGCUGGGGAUGUCACUGAGAAGUUUCUUGCUUUGAGAAAAGUUUUUCAAAAGUACAAUUCACCAAAAGAUGAGAAACAAGUGUCAUUGGGUGACCAUCAUAGAAGAGAAGCAUAUGAGGAUGUGGAGAUACAGCAUUUUCUGGAGCUUGGAGAAUUCAUAAACUUAUUUGAACCUGUUAAAACAGAGAAUGUUAUGUCCAUGGAAGGCCUUCCAAUUAACAACAAUGGUGGACAAGGGUAUGGCUUCAUUUUGUAUCAAAAAGAACUUGACAGUGUUCCGGACGAAAUCAUCAUCCAUAACGUCAGCGACCGAGCGCAGGUUUUUCUUGAUUUUCAGCUGGUCUAUACCAUUGACUACAUGAAACGAGAGGAGAAGAUACAAUACAUUGAUGAAAAAGAGCUUUGGAAAGUGUCAAUAAAAACAAACCUGGAACAACUGCGUCGAGAGAAGCACGAUAAAGUUCAGCUCGAUAUUCUGGUUGAAAACAUGGGGCGAGUUAACUUUCUGAAGGAAAUGAACAGACAGCGAAAAGGCAUACUCGGUGAUAUCCUAGUUGAUGGAAAAAAGCAAACGGGCUGGAAAACUUAUCCAAUGGACUUCAAGGAAGGCUUUUUCGACAAAUUGAGCACGCGGUCAGAAUGGAGGAAAAUUAAAGAAGGGGAAUUGCCAACCAUUCCUUCGAUAUACCGUGGUACAUUUGGGGUCACGGGUGAGCCAAAGGACACCUUUUUGCAUAUGAAAAGUUGGACCAAAGGCGUGUGUUUCGUUAAUGGCCACAAUCUGGGCAGGUACUGGAAUAUUGGGCCACAGGAGACGUUAUACUUACCAGCUCCAUGGCUGCGCAAAGGGGAAAACGAGCUGCUGAUUUUUGAACUAGAGAAGUGCGAAGUUCCUGACGUACCAUUUGUGACAGAGCCAAAGAACAAAGGAAAACCUCUUUUAGUGCUAUAAUGAGGAGUCUCUGACGCUUACUUAGCAGAGAACGGGGCAACCUCGUUCCCAGGGUUCUCUCUAUUCCUUCGUCAAGGAAAUACUUUCUAGAGAGAGAGAAAGAGAGGGAACCCUGGGAACGAGGUUGAAAACAGAGUCAGUGUGGAAUGACAUGACACUUAAUCAUUUAAGAGCCACCAAAAGUGUGGAGGCUGUAGAGUCAAUGAACGAGCAAGCUCGUCGGUUUUUUUAGGGGGAGGGGGUCAUAUUUAUCUCCUCUCCACCACUGUGGUGCUGGUCCGAAAUUCGACACGUUCAUGAAGCAAACUUUUUAAAUAGAGAGAGAACAGAAUCUUUCGAUGAAGGCAUUAUUCACGUUGUACGGAUUACUUUUCAGGGUUUACAUUUAUAUAGGAUUUUUCGUACCAAAAUUGUUGAACGGCGGGAAGACAUUUUUAAGAGAUAGUCAGUAUUAUGUCAACAGAAUAUAAUAUGAAUUUAUCAAAAUUGAAAUUUUGAAACAGGUAUCAAUAUUCAAGUCUAAAUUUGAAAACUGGAUGUAUAAAAGUUAAAUAACAUCAGUAGCAGCACAGACGUAAGUUAUUCUCUUUCUUUACUUUAGCACAUUUCACGAGAAAUAGUACUGCAUUAAUGGUCCUUAUAAACAAGUUGUUGUUUACAAAUUCCGAUCAAAAUUGAAAAUAAUAUCCACACUGUGUAAAUUUAAAUCUCAAGCAAGCGAAAGUCUUUAUAAUUAAAAUACAAAAAGACAAUCUUGUCGUUGGCCCAUUGUGACGUAACGGUUUGGUAAUUAUUAAAAUCUUUUCACGAAUUUUUUCUUUCCUUUUCUAACUAAUAGUGGAAGACUUCUUUUUAAAGAGAGGUCCUUUACGUAGAGCAGUUUCUCAAGUGUUAAAAUGUAAAUAAUUUGUAAACGCUUGAGGAGCGUGGGAGCUUUCAAAAAUUCAAUUUAAACUGAAUCGAAGUGGAAUUAGAAUUUAGACCUCUGUUUUUAUGGCGGAAGAAGAGCCAGAACAACCCUCGCAACGAGGAAAGGAACCAAGAAUGCCGUGAAGUACCAUUUAACUGGCGACACGUGUUCUUUACUGAUCAUUAAGUUCUUACCAUGCCUCUCACAAACAUCGACAUAAGAAUAUUGUUCGUUAUACUCAGGUUUAGUCAUGGAAAGUGUCUUUUAAAAGGAUCCACAUCGUUAACUAGAGGCUUGGUUUAUAUGACGACGGGGCUAGGUUUCGAACCAUUGUCCUACCCUACUCCACAAGGUAUAUGAAGUUUUCAUCAGUUUUUCAGGUUACUUCACCGGGAAAGUAUUCUGCUUCAUAAUCUGAACGACUUCCAAUCAAUGAAACCUCCGUAAUGUCUUUUAGACGUCAAUGAGUCACUGAGCUGGGAGAGUCGAGUCAAAUUCAAAGCAGCUCAAAUACUGUGCUCAAGCAUUCCUCAGGAGAUUUUUAUCCUCGGUAAAACGGAGAUGUUCUGAAUGAAACUUCAGCUGCUGUCAUAUAACUGUGAAGCUCCAAUAUGAUGAGCUUGGAAAGGAAAAAUCCAACCAUCAAUAAUUUAAUACCAUGAAGUAAGAAGAACAAAGACUGACAAUAUAACACGGCCAAGGCAGAUUUUCCAUGCUUAAAACAUGGGAUCAUAUGCAUUUGACUUGUGUUUCCACCGGCUCGUUAGAAUGAUAUCAUUAAAACGGUUUUUGUGGAUCAUUAAGGUGAAAUAAAACAAAUGGUUCCUCUCUU